AUGAACGUCCUCAAGCUACAGAAGCGCUUCCCUCAGCUGGACCAAGGCGAUAUCUUCUCCCUACAGGAUGCAUUCCGCAAACUGGACGUCGACGAUCAAGGCUACCUAGAUGAAGCAUCUGUGAUCAAGGCUACCCAACAAUCCGAGAGACAGCCAUACGAUGUUGUGCGUCAGACAUUGAAGGGCGUGGAGCUUGACAGCUCCCGGCGCGUUGAGCUCGAGGAUUACAUUGAUCUGAUUGCAAGACUUCGUUCCGGACCUGCCUCAGCUGCUCAGGCAGCACCUAGUCCUGCUGCUUUGAUCAAAGGCGCUGGAGCCGGUGCCGGCGCUGGCGGCGGAUCACGGCAUAUUUCCAAGGGCAGCGUUGGUGGUCAGAUCCACGUACAGGGCUCUUCAGCAAAUGUCACCCAUACAAUCAACGAGGACGAGCGAACUGAAUUUACGCGACACAUUAAUGCCGUUUUGGCUGGUGAUCCCGAUAUUGGCAACCUUUUGCCCUUCCCCACCGAUACGUUCGAGAUGUUCGACAAGUGCAAGGACGGUCUUGUUUUGGCCAAGUUGAUCAACGACAGUGUGCCGGAUACCAUUGAUGACCGUGUUCUUAACAAGGCAGGCAAGAAGAUCAAGGUGCUGAAUGCUUUUCACAUGACAGAAAACAACAAUAUCGUCAUCAACUCCGCCAAGGCUAUUGGAUGCUCGGUUGUGAACAUUGGAAGUGGAGAUAUCAUUGAAGUUCGGGAACAUCUUAUCCUGGGCCUGAUCUGGCAGGUUAUUCGCCGUGGUUUGCUCGGCAAAAUUGAUAUUAAGCUCCACCCUGAGCUAUACCGUCUUUUGGACGAGGAUGAGACACUGGAGCAGUUCUUGCGCUUGCCCCCAGAGCAGAUCCUUCUCCGCUGGUUCAACUACCAUCUGAAGAAUGCCAAGUGGGAGCGACGGGUUAACAACUUCUCCACUGACGUAAAGGACGGAGAGAACUACACCGUCCUUCUGAAUCAAUUGGCCCCAGAGAUCUGCUCCCGUGGCCCUCUCCAGACCCAGGACCUACUCCAUCGUGCUGAGCAGGUUCUCGACAAUGCCGAGAAGCUGGACUGCCGGAAGUUCCUGACACCUACAUCUUUGGUUGCCGGAAACCCUAAACUGAACCUUGCGUUUGUUGCCAACCUGUUCAAUACCCACCCAGGACUGGACCCGAUCACCGAAGAGGAGAAGCUGGAGGUGGAAGACUUUGAUGCUGAGGGCGAGCGUGAGGCCCGCGUCUUCACCCUUUGGUUGAACUCUUUGGACGUGAAGCCAGCGGUCAACUCGCUCUUUGAUGACUUGCGUGACGGCACAAUUCUGCUGCAGGCUUAUGACAAGGUUAUUCCUGGAAGUGUUAACUGGAAGCACGUGAACAAGCCACCUGCGUCCGGCGGCGAAAUGAUGCGAUUCAAGGCUGUGGAAAACACAAACUAUGCCAUCGAGCUUGGAAAGCACCACGGUUUCUCGUUGGUAGCAGUGCAGGGUGCCGAUAUCACUGAUGGUCAGCGAACCCUCACCCUCGGAUUGACGUGGCAGUUGAUGCGUCGUGAUAUCACCAACACAUUGUCUGCCCUGGCCCAGCGUCUGGGCAAGCGCGAGAUCACCGACGCGGAGAUGGUCAAAUGGGCCAACGAAAAGUCCAAGAGCGGCGGUCGCAACUCUGCCAUCCGCAGCUUCAAGGACAAGUCCAUUGGUUCUGGUCUAUUCUUGUUGGAUGUGCUUAAUGGCAUGAAGAGCAACUAUGUCGACUACGACCUGGUCACCCCUGGUCAGACCGACGAGGAUGCUUACGCCAACGCUAAGUUGAGUAUCAGUAUUGCCAGAAAGAUGGGAGCCACUAUCUGGCUGGUGCCAGAGGAUAUUUGCCAAGUGCGGUCCCGCCUGGUUACUACUUUCAUUGGUUCUCUUAUGGCUACGGCUGAGAAGAUGUAA